AUGGUGAAGGAAAUGGACAUCAAGAUCCAGGAAUCCAAAAGAGUUCCAAAAAAGGGACUGUGGGACUUUACCACACCACUUUGGCAUGACACGUCCAAGAUGAUACCCAAUCCAGUAGGGCCAGCAUUCCCAUGUGUUUCCACGCUGUGCCGGAAUGGCAGUCACAGGAAGCGUGUGCUGUCUCGUGGUAAUUCCAGAGUGGUGUGCAGGCCUUUGACAAUCCAUAAUGCCCCAGACCCGUGGUCAAAGGAGGCUGUUCUGCUUGCCCUCGAACAUUGGAAGAGGAAGAAAAGGACAGUGGAGGAGGAGGAAGACCAAACAUCUGCUGCUGGUCAGGAGGACAAAAGAAGGUGCCAGGACAGCCGUGGGAGUGGCCAUUCAGCUUUUAAGCCCGAGGUGGCCAACGGAGUCCCUGCUGCUUUUGUGCCUGAGCCUGGGCCUCUGAAGAGAGGCCUCAGUUCCCAGAGCUCAGAUGGCGAGCUGCGUAAGAGAACCUGCACCUCUGCUGUGAGCUGCUCGAAGGGCACGUGCACAUGUGGCAUCCGUAUGUCCAGCUGCAAUGCCAUUACCAGUUCCUACGCUUCUACUGGAGGCAUCUCUCAGCUCUGGAAGAGGCGUCCCAGUGCCUCACCCUUCUCCAGCCCAGCCUUGUCCCGCUCACAGACACCAGAGAGGCCAGAAAAGAAAAUAAGAGAAGAGGACGGUCCUCAGGGAUCUGGCUCUUCUGCUCCGCCGGUAGACAAGGAGUCCCAGGGAGAACAGGAUACAACCACAUGUAGGGAGCAGAACUCCUGGGAUUCUCCAGCGACACCCAGCAGCUCCCAGCCACGCAGACGCAAGUUUCCCCUGGUGCCCUCCAGGCGAAGGAUCCCGCUGAUCUUGCCUCCAGCUCCCUGGAUCGGCCACUCGAUCACGGUCAAAGAGUAUUACCAGGAGAAGCAAGCUCAGUCACAGUGGCUGAAGAGGAUCUUCGAGGAUAAGACUACCAUCACCUCAGGCUUUGGAGCUAUGACCCAGAUCACCAGCUGUGGGCCCAAUACAUCAGUGUUUGGCAGCACCAUCUCAUCGCCCUUCACAUCCAGGAUGUCAGCAGGCCCCACUGGCAGUGGGGGCUUUGGGAUGAGCAUGGCUGCCCCCCACAGCUGCUCUACCACUGGGGCAUUUGGCUUUGGAGCCAGACGGAGUGGGAGAACUGGUCUCAAGAACCAUUUCUGGGGAGGGUUGGAUCCUAACUCCCUGGGUGCAGCUGGCCAGAGCACACCCUCUCCCUUCCUCAUGGCCAGCAUGCCUCAGAACACAUAUGCGAUUGCAGCCACCACCUCGGGCUUUGGAGCUAUGACCCAGACCACCAGCAGCAGGACCAGUAGCUCAGUGUUUGGCAGCACCACCUCAUCACCCUUCAUGUCCUAGUUGCCAGCAGGCCCUGCUGGAAGUGGGGGCUUUGGGAUGAGCGGGCUGCCCCCCCACAGCUGCUCCACCACCAGGACAUUCACUUGCAGCAAGACAGAGUGGAAGAACUGCUGGCAGAGUCCCUUUCAGGGGAGGCUUGCGUCGGAAUUCCCUGCGUGCAGCUGGCCAGAGCACACCCUCUGUCUGCCACGUGGCCAGCAUGCCUCAGAACACGUCUGUUUUUGCAACCACCACCUCGGGCUUCAGAACUAUGACCCAGACCACCAGCAGUGGGAGCAGUUGCUCAGUGUUUGGCACCACCUCAUCACCCUUCAUAUCUGGGGCGUCAGCAGGCCCUGCUCACAGUGGGGGCUUUGGGAUGAAUGGGGCAUUUGGCUUUGGGGAGAACAGACUGGGAGGACUGGUGGCACGGCCCCUUUCUGUGGAGGCUUGUGUAAGAACUCCCUGGGUACAGCUGGCCAGAGCACACCGUUUGCCUUCCACGUGGCCAGCACACCUCAGAACACGUCUGUGUUUGCACAUCUGAUUUGGAAUCGGCUCAGUGCUGGAGUCCAGCUCCAGCUAAGGUGUGGGUCACGAAGGAAAGGACAACAUCGGUGAGUGAGAUGAAUGAGGAGAUGAAACACCCUAUUAAAGUUGUAACAUCUCCUGACAUCAAGCAGCAGGGUCUUUAUUUUUAUAUCUUUUUAAGGUUUACAUUAUGUUGAACUUUUUUUUGAGAGGGCAUCUCUCACAUUUAUGGAUCAAAUGGUUGUUAACAACAAUAAAAUUCUUUAUAGGGGACUCAGUGCACAAUCAUUCAUCAACCCCAAGCCUAAUUCUCAACAGUCUCCAAUCUUCUGAAGCAUAACGAACAAGUUCUUACAUGGUGAACAAGUGUUGAACAUUUUUUAAUCGUGAAUAAUAUCAUCCUUUUUCUGUCAGUUUACAUAAUUUCAGCUUAUUACACUUAAGUAAAUAUCAUUUCUUCUUAUAGUUGCCGUUUAACAUUUAAUUUUUAACUUUCCCCUAGUCUAUUGUGAUUAGUAAUUCAUGUAAGCUAUGUACUAGGUGCUAAACAGAAAGUGGCGUAAGGCAGCAUGUGGGUUAAGCAUCUGGGCUAUGAUUUUUACUUUAAGCGUGUCAGAUUAUAUAGACUUUUCGAUAUGUGUCUAAGGUAUGUGUCUAAGUCUAUAUAAAGUUUAAGCCGGUUAUAUAAUAUGCAAGCUAUAUGUCUUUUGGUUAUUAAAUGUAACCAGAUUAUUAAUUAAAUCCUAUCCUACACAUGUGGAUUGAGGCCUACAUCUAAAAUCUAGGGACGGUACUCCUAUCACCCAUUCCUAUGAAUACAAUAAAAACACCUUAUUAUAAUAUUCAUUCCACAAUUUCAGAUGUUUACACCUUUCCUCCUGCAUCUACAGGCUCUAGGGCCUUGCAGUCCUCUUUAUCCUUUAUAUAAUAACACUAAAUCUGCUUUUACUACCUUACUAUUAAUAUAGUAAUAUUUUAUAAAUUUAUCAUAAACUUUUAUAUAUGGGAUAUUUGUAAAUAUAAAUUUAAUUUUGCUCAUAAAUUCUUUCCAUGAGGGUUCACCGGAGGUGUCUUCUAUUAUUAUAAGCAACAUAAGGGGGGCCCUGGGCA